ACACAUUCCAAAGGCAAACCUUUAUUCCCGUAAAGGCAUAUUAUGGAUAAAAGGAUUUUGUAAAUUUGGUCUUCUUCAGUAUUCUGAUAGUCCCCCAAUACCAUUUUGAAGACAAUAAUUUCACUUUCGCCUGUUACACUUGAAAACAAGAAUACUUACUGAACAUGCCAGGAUCUUCAGGUGAAUGUGCUGCUAAUUUUUUGCAAUAACUUGAAAAAAAGUAUAAAAACGCGCGUUUUGGUGUUUUUCAAAUUCACACUUAGGUCUAAUCCCUGGUAAGACUUAUGACAGUAGUGGUUCAGGCUACUAGAAUACUGUUGCCCUUUUCUCAAUGACUCUGGAACACUUUUAUAAAAUCUCAAUUUUAUAGGAUAAAACAUUUUUUUGCAAAAAAGUUACAAAUCUGGAGGAUUUUUGUGAUUGUUCUGGGGGAAUUCUGUUUGAUCCAUCUGACAACGCUGGAAGGCUAUCAAAAGGAUAAAAGACGUGUUUUUGAGGUUAUGUGUACGUGAUAUGUAGUAAAAAUCAAAAGUGAAUUCUAAAGUAACAUGUAGUUUUAUCAGUGUGUUACUGAAUUCACCGUUUAAAUAUGAACCAAAGAUACUCUAAAAUACUUUUUUUGGUUGUAGUCAUAUUCGUUAUAUUCAAGUUUUUCCAGUUUUUCACGCUUACAGAUGAGCCCUAUUUACCAGAGCCAGAUAAUGCUAUUGAAAGAGUUCGGGUAGAGGUAUAUUAUGAAGCGCUAUGUCCAGACUCAAAGUACUUUAUAAUCUAUCAACUCCUUACAGUAUUUGAGGAAUUCCAAAAUCACAUAAUUUUGGAUCUUAUACCAUAUGGAAAAGCUGAGACGUUGGUAGUUGAUGGAAAGCUACAAUUCCAUUGUCAACAUGGUGAGACAGAAUGUUAUGCUAAUAAAAUACAUGCAUGUGUGAUAGAUCAUGUAAAUAAUCCAGUAAAGCAACUGAAGUAUAUUGCAUGCAUGAUUAAAGACAACAUGAUUCCAGAUGUUGCUGGUGAAAAGUGCGGACAAGAACAAGGCAUCGACUUCAAGCCAAUAUCACAAUGUGCCAAGGGCGACAAAGGUACGCAAUUUUUGAAAUUCUUCGGGGAAAAGACGCAUUCUCUGAAUCCACCAGUUAGAUUUAUCCCAACAAUUCUAUUAAAUGGAAGUCAAACUGUGGUACCUCAAUCCACGGUAUUGAAAGAUUUUCUUAAAGCUAUUUGUUCUGUGUUGAAAUUUAAGCCAAAGUUAUGUGGAUACAAAGAAAAUAAUUUGUCUCUGUUUUUAUGAAGUGACGAGCAAUAAAUAUUUUUUGUACAAA